AAAAAAAAACACACCUCCACGAUACUUUUCUCUUCCAUGACCCCAAGAACCCUAAAUCCCCAAAUUGUGAAAUCCUCAAACUCUUGACUCUCUUUAGUUUCCAUCAUGAUUUCUCAUCGAUUUCUUCAUCUCCACACCCUAAUCAACAACUAAAACCUUCGAUUCAAAUAGGAAAAGUGAAUCCAAAACCCAAGCGACGAACCCUAAAACCCCUUUCUAAAAUUUUCAGCUACGUCGAAUCUCAAGGCUUUCAUCACUUAUUCUCGUUGAUUUCGACACUUUUACAAGCUCCUCUCCACAUCAAUCAGUUUAAUUCACCUAUUUUUGCCAUCAAAGACGGAUGACUACAUCAAAAAGUGGAAAAAAAUAUCCAGCAAGACUUUAUGAAAAGGGGAAAUGUCCAUUGCAAAGUGGAAGCAUAAAUCAUAACUGUCAUUUGGCUAAUUUCCAGAUGGUGGAAGAAGUAGUUGGUUUAGAUGCGUGGGAAUCCAUUAAAACAUCAUCUGUUGGAGUUAUUCUGAGGCUGAAAGAGCUGAAUUAUACCUGGUCAGCCAAGGCGGUUCACCAUUUACUUACAAACCAAUUGGUGGUUAAUAAUAUCCAUGAGAUAUGGUCUGCUAUAGAAGGUCAGCCAAUUAGGUUUUCGCUAUAUGAGUUUGGUGAUAUUACGGGUUUAAAUUGCGAGCCUUUCAACAUAAAUGAAGAGGUGGAGAUUGAUCAUAAGCCAUUUUGGGAAGAGCUUGGUGUUUCUCCUUCACAUGGUCCUAUGCUUUCUGAGUUGCAGUUGUUGUUCACUAAAAUUAGGAAUUGGUCGUUUGAGAAGAGAAGAAUGAUUGGUUUACUAUGUGUCUUGUCUAUUGGAGUACUUGGCAUCUCUCCAGGCAGUAGAAUUCCUUUGGAUCAAGCAAAGAGAGUCCUAGACAUAGAAGCAUUUGACAGAUACCCUUGGGGGCGUGUGGGAUUUUCUAGCCUGGUAAAAUUGUUUCAUAUGAAGGAAGGAACAAGUAUACACUUUGCGGAUGCGUACAUGCACUCCUCAUCUGGGUGUAUGAGUCGAUACCUGGUAUUGGGCAUGAAUAUGGGAAUCAUAUUGAGGGUAACCAAGUUCCUCUUCUCUCCUGGUAUGGAUCUCGUGGCCGUAUAAACUGGGAUGAGUUUUAUAAAAAGGAGAAAAGUCUCCAUCAGAAGGUACGAGUAAGACAUCUCAUUGUCAAGCAAGAAGCUGAGAUAUACCCUCAAUGGCCAGAGGACAAGGUUGAUGAUGAUCUUCACAACUUGAUCACAGACAUUCUACAUGGUGAGCUCGAUGAUACGUAUUGGAACCUGAACUCGCGUACUGCACCAGUACCAAACAAAGAGAAAAGAAAAUUGGUGAGUGAAGAACAAGAGUGUAUGAAGAAAAAAAUGCCAAAAGAGAGGACAUCCACCCAUGCUUGCGGAUCCAGCCUUAACUCAACUCGAGAUGAUACAUUCCAGCUUGGCCUAAUGGAAGCAAUGAACACAUUGACUGCAAAGGUUGGAAGUAUGGACACAGUCAUUGUUGAGAAGGUGUUGACUGCAGUAGACGCAUCUGUAGAUGAAAAAGUAAAUGCAAGGAUUGGUGAAACCGAGCUGGUAUUUACACAGAAAAUCUCCACUUUACAAGAAGAGAUUGCUCAACUUAGAGAGCAAAUGCAAGCUACUGCCCCUAAAAAUGAUGCACACUACAAUGUGAACCAUGAAGAUGAAGUCAAUAGCAACGACCCGUCAUGGAUGGUCCAAGACAAAGUCUCAUCACAAAUGGAUGCGGCAGUACAAUGUGUGGUUAGAAAGAAAGCCAAAAAAUCCGAGGUCAAGCUAACGUCUCCAAUUCUACUUGACACUGGUGGUGAGAAGGUUGUUGGAACAACACAAGUAAAAAAACCAGCUAGAAGAUUGAAAAAUGUAAAGAAGGAGAAGGUUGAAGUUCCACAACUUAGGGAUUCUGGUGGAACAUGGUCUGAUUCAGAAGACAAGCAAAAAUAUGGUAAUCUAGGUGCCACGUUAGACCAGUUGGCGGCAUCAGUCUUGGAUGGACCUUUGCAAAAACGCAAGCCACAGCUGACAAAGACCCAAGUGUAUCCAUAUGUAGGUAACUCAACUGUCAAAAGGAUCAUAAAAGGUGAUGUCUCUAAAGCCUACUAUGAUCCCUUAGCUAAAGUUGUUGAGACAAAAUUUAAGAAGCUACUGGAUUAUCUGCGAAGUCUUGAUGGUGAUAACGAUGUAGACACUCAGUUCUAUAUGAGGCUAAUAACACCAAGUAAUGUGUGGGAAACAGAUCGUUUUGGGUGGCUGUCAGAUUCUCAUAUGGCAUCUGCGAUGCUUAUGUUUCAUAAAAGAGCUAUGAGGGACCCUUCACCAUACUCAGCAAAGAUAGCUUUUCUUGAGCACUGGUUUGUCAAGAUGUGGGUCAGAGACUACAAGAAAUAUGAUCCUAAAACGUGGAAGUUCUCAGAUACUUACAAGAAGGUGUUCAAUGGCAAUUACCCUACAGAUUUUUCCAACAACAGAAAGUGGCUGAAGGAUGUGGAUCGGUUGUUUCUUUGCCACUUGAUAAAUGGUGACCAUUGGGUCGCUUUAGAAGUGGAUCUUGACAAGAAAAUAAUCCAUGUUUACGAUAGCAUACAGACAGUUGUCCCAAGCAAUACAGAUCUUUUAGAAGAGUAUCGUCCUUUCACGAAGAUGAUUCCUUUAUUGUUGAAAGAAAUGGUUCCAGAAAGGAAGAGUUCACAGCAGUUCAGGAUUUCAAGACUUAAAAAUGUUCCGCAGAAUGAAGAGCCUGGUGAUUGUGGUGUUUACGCUCUGAAGUAUAUAGAGUGUAAGGCGAUUGGCUGUGGUUUUGAAGGACUUUCUGAUCAGUGCAUUCCGGCAAUGCGUAUUAAGUUAGCUGCUGAGAUCUAUGAUGAGGUUUUGGGUCUGUAGUAUUUUAAUGGGUUUCGGGUCGAAUUUGUGGUUUUUUGGAAAAAAAAAUUGGGCUUUCAUAUAAAACAGAGUAAAACAGAGAACAUAUUGUCUAACCAGAAUCCAAUA